AUCAUGUUAAUUAAUAGACAGCAAACCGUAAAUUUGCGCAAAAAUAGAAAAACUAUUAUUGUGAAGAGGACUGUGUGCAGAGGCUCCGCCAUGUUUGCUGAGUCUGAUGGUUUCUUAUGUUCCUGCAGCUGUAAAUAAUCCCAGCACUGACACAAUGAAAACAGUUUUUGUGACAGUUGGAACAACUUCGUUCGACGACUUGAUAACCAGCCUGAGUUCCGAAGAAGUUGUAAAGGCUUUAAUACAGCGAGGAUACACGGACGUGGUGCUCCAGGUUGGCCAGGGUUCCUAUGUUCCUGAUGCACACAGCUGCCCUGGACUGAGACUGCAGACUUUCCGAUUUAAAAAAUCCAUCGCUGAAAACAUUCAGAACGCGCAUCUGGUCAUUAGUCAUGCUGGUGCUGGGAGUUGUCUGGAGGUUUUAGGAGCUGGAAAGCCUCUUCUUGUCGUUGUUAACGAUAAAUUAAUGGACAACCAUCAGCUGGAGCUAGCCAAGCAACUGCAGGCUGAUGGUCAUCUCCUCUACUGUACAUGCAGCACUCUUGCGGAGACUCUGCGUGACAUGAACCUGUCCACACUGCUACCAUUCCAGAGUGGCCAGCCUGAAAACUUUGCCCAGUUUUUGGACAAAGCAGUUGGAUUUGUUUGAGAAGUGCUGGAUAAAUCAGUAGGGAGAUGAACUGCACAGCAAACCAUUUUUAGUAAAAUAGCAGACUGACACUGAUUUUAUCAGACCAAAGACUGUGACAAACUAAUCAAAAAGGAAUAUUGUAUUGAUCCUUUCGUAUCUUUACUAUGCACAAAUUGAUUUCUGUAGCAACUAUAUAUAUAUAACUAUAUAUGUUAUGAAUAUUUCUUUUAAAAAAUGAUUAAUAAAGUAUUUUUCU